AUGAUUGCCCUACGCAAGGCAGUUUUAAUACUCCCCCUGGCCUCUAUUGCCACCGCCCUACCUCUGCAGACUCGCGAGAUUUCCGUCAUGGAGCCAACACCAGAUUUGAUGAAGCAAUCGGAAUUUGUCGAUGUCCCAGGUGCUCUGACCGAAAGUACCCUGCCAGUCUCGGCCGGUAGCCCCGCGGGCCAGGCAGGCCAGGGUGCGGCGCCCGUCGUCACCUCUCCCGUCGAUGCAACCGCUCUCGCCACGGAUCCGACAGGCAUGGGUGUAACAUCUGGCGUCACUCCUGCUGCCGAUGCAACCGCUUCCGUCCCGAACACAACCGGUGGCACUCCUUCUUUAGAUGCCACUGCUCCUGUUCCGAACCCAGCCGCUGCCGGGGAAGCGUCUGGCAGCACCGCUCCUCUCGACGCCAAUGCACCUGCCACUGCCACUGCCACUGCCACUGCUACUGCUACUGCUACUGCUACUGCCACUGCUACUGAUCCUACCGCGAACCCAGCUGCCCUCGGCAAUGCGCCUGCCACCAACACCACCGCCGUUACACCACCUCAAGGCUCACAAACUGUUCCGGAUGUCGCCACAAACGGCGCCGUCAAGCCGGAGACUAAGUCAAACUCCACGUCCACAGAGAAGCCCGGCAGCCCGGAGACUCAGCCGACGACUGCUACGACUACGACGCCGCCCCAGUCCAGCGGUGGUAUCAUGGACACCAUCAAGGGAGGAGUAAAAAUGGCGGGGAGUGUGGUGACGGGCUUGGCGAGUAAGCUAAACCCGUUCUCGUAA